ACGCAAUUGGUUAUUGUCGGCCAUGAAACCGAACUUGCGGAUUUAUAUAUUGCUUUGUUUGUACGGUGUACCACCGUGCAGUACUGGGUUAUGGGGAUUAAAAAAAUACCACGGGUUAUCAUCUGCCAUUGGGUUAUGGCAAAAGACAUGGGAAGGUUACCAUGUCUUUUUGGGCAGGAGUCAACUUGGGCUUCAUAUUUUGCUGUUGGAUCUUUCUUGCUUGUGUUUGCGCUUUGUCGCGCUCUUUCUAUGCUGUUUUUGCUUUGCGGAUUUUCUCAUUGUUCCCAAUUACCUAUGCACCAUGUGGAUUUGUUCAUGGAAACCCCCGAUUCCGUUUGGGUUUCCCUGACCUUUUAAGACCUAUACCCCAUCUUUUAUCUGAACCUUUUACAUUCCAUUACAUAUAUUCCCCCUUUUGCAACUCAAUUUCCAUCUUCUCUGCGUGCUCUGACGUCCCUGGUUUGCUUGCCGUUUGAUCAUCGUGCAUACACACAUACAUGCCCUAGUUGAACCCACUCUGCCAUCGCGCAGCCAUCUCAAUACACAAACUUCAGAUGCCAAACCCAUUCCCAAUUGCU